CUUCCCUGUCCUUCGCCCGUGUUAUCUCUGACUUGAAACUGUACCCCCUUGUCUGGGACUUGAGGGUCUCCACCGAUCUGUGGCACUUGUUUUCUUUCCAUCUUUCACCGAGGGGAGGUGACCACGAUUUUCGCGCGCACUUGGAAGCUCUUCAAUCGGAGUCCUCCAACUCCAGCGCCGCUCCUUUUCAGCUUCACCGCAGAGUCCUUCCGCUACUCAUGCUCCCAAGCGACUCUUACUAGGCGAUAACCCGCGUGCUCUUUCGAACGAGUACAACCGAUAUAGAAUGGCUUUCAACUUUGGAGCAUCGAACCCCGCCGGGGGUAGUGCUCCCCCCGAGCUGGGGCCCGAGCUUCCGGAGGGUACUGCUGAGGACGUCGGCUUCAAAGGCGUCGAGGGCGAUUGCAACGUCCAGAUUCUACCCACCCCAUGGCCCGAAAACGCUCUCCCAGCCCCUACAUGUUCGCUCCUGGCCGUUGCGCCGACCAAAGGCAUAAUUGUUGCUGCUGGACCCAACGUCCUCUCCGUCGCCUCUUCGGAAUCCAUCAGAGCCGCCAUAUCCGCACCCACCGAGGGCAAAGUCAAAACCAAGCCUUUCCAGCCGCAAGCGACCAUCCCCCUCCCUGCACGUCCCACACAUGUCACCUUUGCCUCAAACGAUACCGCCCUUCUGCUGGCCACGGAGAAUGGCGCGCAACUGUCAGUAUUUGACACCUCGAGCCUGACGUCGGGGAAUGCACAGCCGGCACUGUCGAUUCCUACCAAUGGAACCACUUUUCGCACCAUUGCGGCCAACCCGGCGCCGGAAUUCUCGUCCCUUGUUGCGCUGGUGACGACGGGCGGUGAUCUUCUGGUAGCGGACUUGAAAGCGGGCAACUUUGUCUCGGGCCCGAAUGGUCAAGUGCUGAAGAGCGGAGUCAGCUCGGUCUGUUGGAGUAACAAGGGUAAACAGCUUGUGGCCGGCCUUGCAGACUGCACGGGCUUCCAGAUGGCCCCGGAUGGCACGCAAAAGGAUGUGAUCCCGCGCCCGCCUGAUCUUGAGGGUGAUUGUCACGUUUCGUCCAUUGCUUGGUUGGAGAAUGAUAUCUUCCUUGUGGUAUACACGCCAAACGCACUAGAGGAUGACAUGGGCCAGAAUCCUCCUUCGUCAUACUAUAUCAUCACACGACGGAAACAAGCGCCUUUCUUGAUUCAGAAAUUGCCUGAGUUGUGCAUGCCCUUUGGGGUCAAGCGCACCCCGGCCUUUCAGUUCAUUGGACGCUUGCGUGACUACAAGCCUCACUUGAAGGAUGUCCUCAUUGUGUCUUCAACGGCAUCCACCGAUGUGGGCCUCAUCACCAGAGCGGACCAGCCAUUGGUUAAGAUGGAUAUGGACACCACUGGACUCUUUGUCACAACUGAAGUGUCAGAUGAUACAAAAAGAGCAACUGUGCCACUCAAGGAAUCUACUGAUGAAACUACAGUUAUCGGGUUCGGUAUUGAUCUCUCUAGCAAGGAAGUUGUUGUUGCCCCCAUCCCAGGCGAAGACAUCGCUGAGAGCUCCACUCCACUGCCGAAUGUGUUGCUACUCAACAACGAGGGUAUUCUUUGCUCUUGGUGGUUCUUAUAUUCGGAUGCGAUUCGACAGAAGGUCCUUUACCAGGGUAUGGCGGAUCAGACGCAGGCGCCAGCUCAGCCAACGUCGCAAGCUUCUCAGCCUCAAGCUUCACUCUUUGGACAAUCAGGUUUUGGUGGCUCAACGGCUCUGGGAUCAUCUGCGUUUGGCAGUUCCACUGCCCCGGGUUUCGGGAGCCCAUCUGCUCAAGCCGCUCCUCAACAGUCCUCUUUUGGUGCGCCAUCUUUCGCAUCACCGUCACAGCCUGGGCCCUCAUUUGGCACGAACAGCAUGCUGGGAGGUAAUAAGCCCCAGGGUGGUCUCGCCGCUUUGGCAAAGAACGAGCCUGGGUUUGGGUCAUCUGGCUUCGCCUCUCUGGGAGGAGGGUCUGGAUCCUUCGGUCAACCAUCGACGCCUGGAAAGGGACUCAGCUCUCUUGGGUUUGCACAGUCAGGUUCCGGCUCCGGAGGUGGCUUCGGAGCAUUUGCCAACAAAGCUGGCACAGGUGGGUUCGGUGCUUUCGCGUCGGCAAAGCCAGCAGGCGGAUCGCCAUUUGCGCAAACCUCCACUACGCAAACGUCCACUGAAAGUCCGUUCGCUAAGAUAUCCGGCACAUCGACCUUUGGCACAUCUCCCUUUGGCGCACAAAGUAGCACAGAGUCCGUGUUCGCCGCUGAGAAGACGAUCGGGUCGACAGGUACUUUCGGGCAGAGCUCUAGUCGUUUCGUGCUUGGAUCAACAUUCAAGCCGGAUGGUAGUGCUGCCAAUGAUCUUCCGAAGCCAGAUAAGCCUUCUGGAUUGUUCGGCUUCAGUGAGUCAAUGGAUGACAUGAUGACGUCCAGCAACAAGACCAGCCCGUCAACUGAGGAGAUGGACGACAUGGAGGACGAGAGCGCCACUCCGCAACAGAAAUCCGAGCCCAAGGAGGCGACCCCAUCCUUGUUCGGUGCACCCUCGGCGACCCCAACUUCCACACCGAAAUCGUUGUUUGACGCACCGUUGACAGCUACGAAUUCCGCACCGAAAGCGUUGUUUGGUGCACCCUCGGCGGCCCCAAAUUCCGCACCGAAAGCGUUGUUUGGUGCACCUUCGUCGACAACAAAUUCUGCACCCACAUCGACCUUUGGUUCUCAGAAGCCGGUCUUGAAUCCCUUCGGUCAACAAGCUAGCAAGCCUGGAUUCUCGCUGUUUGGUAAUACAACUCCUGCCAAGUCACCGUUAGCUUCCUUCUCAACGCCCGCGGACAGCACCACUCCAUCAAAAGAGGACGAUGCCCGUACGCCUAGCGCUACACCCCAGGGCGCACCCUUACCACCAGACCCUGUUAGCAAGGCAUCAUACGGGCCCGGUGAUACGUCUGCCUCGUCGAACGUCUCCAAGAGUUCUGUCGAUGACGCGCCUCUACCACCAGAUUUCACCUCAAACAAACCCGCUGCUAAGGGACCUGCAGUAGACGCACCUUUGCCACCAGACUUCUCGACUUUCAAGAAUGGAAAGAAGACAGACGAUAAAGAAGAGGCAGAACCCGAAGAGGCUCCAUUGCCUCCGGACUUUAGCAUUUCUAAGCCACGUAAAGGAUCUGAGGACGUUGCACCAGUCCCAGACGAAUCUGAUGGUGACGACUACGAAAGCGAGGAAGACGUCUCUGAAGAAGGCGAGAGCGAGGAGGGGGAAGAGUCAGACUUUGCUGACAGCGGAGAGGAUAUCACGCACGAUAUCAGCCAGUCUGAGUCCAAUGAGCCAAGUCCUAAGGCAUUCCCCGGACAUUUCAAGCCCGGCGCGAACCUCGCAGGCGGCCUGUUCUCCCCUGCUUCCAAGCCUGCCCCAGCACCUCAACCACAACCUUCAAGGUCAUUGUUCGGUGACCGGGGCAAUCCGACAUUCCCUGCGCUUCAGAACCGAGAGCUUCCUAGAUCGCCCAGUCCAGUACGAGGAGCCGCGCCAAGGAGCCUCUUCAAGGGCGACGGGAAGAAAUCUUUCGGUGUUACUCAAAGUCCGGGCAGCGCUCUCACUGCAAGGAAAGCCUCUCUUUCUGAACAUCAUAGACGCGAGAGCCAACUGAAGCCGAAGCCUUCUCGGAGGGAACCCUCGCAACAGGAGAUUCGCGCAAGACAGUUGGAAGAGGAGGCACAAGCUCUUUCCGACGACGAUGAGGAUGAGAGACUCCGUGCGGAUCUUGCACUACCUCUGGAACCUGUUCCUACACUCGAUCCUUUCUUGCCUCACCAAGACUAUGCUGGCGAGACGAGUAAACCUGGUAUUCCUGGCCAAAUUGAACGGCUGUACCGUGAUAUCAACUCUAUGGUGGAUACCUUGGGCAUUAAUGUUCGUUCGUUGUCUUCUUUCCUUCUCUAUCAAAAGACGUCCAAAGAUCCUCAGUGGGUCGACACGCUCAAGGAGGACAAUGCCUCCGACAUCCUGGACAAAGAAUUGGUUCUGUCUGAGAUUGAGAAAUUUGAUGACGCUGUCGUCAUGCUUGCUGCCUCUCUUGAACAGCAGCGCGUGCAGGGUGUGGAAGAGAAGCUCGAGAGUUGUCGGGAGCUUUUGAGUAAAGACAUUAUCACUCUUCGGGGUCAAUGUGCCAGUAUCCGCAAGACUCUCGAUGCUCACACCGACACAACCACAAUGCACUUCGCACCUCUUUCCGCAGAGCACGCCAACCUGCAGCAAGACCUGCGUUCGGCAUCCACCGAGAUUCAGGCGAAGCUAGCUGAUUUGGAAUCUGCCGUGACUCUUCUCCGCGCGAAGAUUGCCGACGUUCCCCCUCCUGGUGGCUCUCGGCAGGCGACAAGACGUCCCACAGUUGAGGCUGUCACCACUACCAUCCAAAAGAUGAUGGAGAUGGCCGAGACCAAGCGCACCGAUAUCGAUGUCCUGGAGGCUCAGCUCAAGAGACUAGGCAUUGACACAACCGCCCCUGCGGCCAGCCGGGAAGGGUCCCCAUUCGCGACGCCGAGGAAGAGCACCGGCCGAUUCCCCACUACGCCCGGAUCCCGUGGCUCAGUUGACGGGCCAUAUCAUACUCCCGAUUCGGCUAGCCGAGCCAUCAGCUUCCGAUCCAGCAUCAACGGGUCAGCUCGGGCUAGUCGACUCCGCAAUAUGGAGGCAGUCCAGGACCUGGUCAGCUCAGAGGAAACGGCGCAAUGGAAGGCCAAGGUGCAACGCAAACAGCAGAUUGUCGAGAGUCUGCGGAGCGCCAUUGGGGCAAAGAAGUCUCGAGUCCGGACGGUGAAUGAUUUGUAAAACUAGUGUUUUUGUUUCGCUUUCUUGUGUCUUGGGACAAUUCUGCUGAUGACUACUUACUAUGAAAGUCAUGUCGGAGAAAAACAGCGGGUCUUUUCUGGCGGGGUUUGUCUUUUCUUUUGUUUUUGUUGUUGGUCUACACAGGCAAAUGUGAAUGUUAGGUAGCGCGUCCCAUCUGUCUCCACUGUACAUAGGUCUCGAUUGUAAUGCUUGCACGUGCUUGUACGAG